GGCGCUGUCUCGUGAUCUCACCAUGAACACACCCGUAACUUUGAGUAGUGUCAUAGCGUCCACAGUAACUGUCCCUGAGUAUCCGGUCGGCCUGCGGCGUGUGUGUCUGUGUGUGUGUGAGUUUCGCGAUCAGCUGGAGUCUGUCUGUUUUACUGAAACCUGGGAACAGAGCAGCUUCCGGGAUGAACGCGCUGCUGCGGUGGAACCUGCGGCGGCUCGGAACCUGGAGAGAUUUCCAUGUGACAGCACCUGUGAUGACCUUUGACCUGAGAAAAGUUGAACUGAAGCCUCUGGAGCAGCGAAAACUCACCUUUGACUCCCACGCCAUGGUGACGGAGCUGGAGAGCAGCGGUUUUGAGAAGCUCCAGGCGGAGCUCAUCGUUUCAGCUCUGGUGACUCUGACUACAGCAAACAUGGACAUCGUCUAUAAAGACAUGGUGACCAAAUCCCACCAGGAGAUCACUGUGCAGCAGAUCAUGGCUCACCUGGACUCCAUCAGGAAGGACAUGGUGAUCCUGGAGAAGAGCGAGUUCGCCAACCUUCGAUCUGAAAACACAAAAAUGAAGCAAGAGCUGGAGCAGCUACAGAACAGACUGAAGGAGGAGAGCCGGAAAGUCAGAGAAGAAACCAAACUGGACAUCAACCUGGAGAGCAGCAGGAUCUCUGACAUGUUUACUGAGCAGGAGAAGAGACUGAUGGAGGCCACAACAGAGUUCCAUCACAAGAAAGCCGACCUGGAAAACGACAACAUGGAGAUCAAUAAGAAGAUCGACCUGGAGGUGGCCUCGCUCAAAACUGUCCUGGAGUCUCUCAAACUGGAGACAGUCCGCUACAUGGCAGCGACGCUGUUCUCCUGCCUGGCCAUCGCUCUGGGAGUCUACCGGCUGUGGAGGUGAAGGAUCUGCUGUUUCAGAGUUGUUAGAAACCUUUUUUUAAUUUAACCAGUUUAACAUUCAUUUGUAAAUUGUUUUAAUAAUAGUUUUUUUAUCCAUUAAAUAUCAUUUAAAGAAAGACUUCAUGUUUCAGUCUGUGAUGAAUUCAUCCAUAAAACCUUUUGUUGAUUCCUGUUUUUAUUUUAACAGUUUGUAAGUAGAAUUAGGUAAAAGUACUCAACUAUUAUUUCAUUCUGAUCAUUUUCUUCAAUAGUCAACUGAUGUAUAAACAUUUGCACUGAACCUGAAGUGAAACCUGCAGUUUUAGUCCAAACCUCAGCAUUAAUAAAAAAACCUAAUUCAAAUUAUUAAAAUAAUUCAUUAAAUGAUUUUCUGUCAAAUAAUGAAUCGAUCAGUUUGUAAAGGGACGAACUUCAGCUGUCGGAUAAACAUUCAUCUGAAAUGUGAUCGAGCAAAGUAGCUCGAGUGAAAGCACUUUCACUUUAAACGUGAACAGUUUAAAGGCCCGUGAAUCAGUGUGAAAUAAAAACAUCA